AUGAUAAACAAUCAGACAGUGGUUAAAGAAUUCAUUCUGAUGGGAUUUCCUGUUGGCCCUGACAUGCGAAUGUUUCUCCUUGGACUCUUCUCUCUGCUAUAUGCCUUCACCUUAAUGGGAAAUGGCGUAAUCUUAGGACUCAUCUCUCUGGAGGCCAGACUCCACACCCCCAUGUAUUUUUUCCUCUCACACUUGGCGAUAGUUGACAUUUCAUAUGCCUGUAAUACUGUGCCUCAGAUGCUAGCAAACCUGCUGGACCCAGUCAAGCCCAUCUCAUAUCCAGGGUGCCUAACUCAGACAUUUCUCUUUUUGACUUUUGCCCUCACAGAAUGUCUUCUCUUGGUAGUAAUGUCUUAUGAUCGCUAUGUGGCAAUCUGCCACCCCCUCAGAUAUUCUGUCAUCAUGAAUUGGAGAAUGUGUAUCUCUCUAGCACUCACUUCUUGGGCCCUUGGGUUCCUUCUGGCCUUGGCCCACUUAAUUUUAUUGCUGCCAUUGCCUUUUUGUGGUCCCCAGAAAAUCAAUCACUUUUUUUGUGAAAUCUUAGCUAUUCUCAAACUUGCUUGUGCUGACACUCAUAUCAAUGAGAUCUUGGUCUUGGCUGGGGCUGCUUCUGUGUUGGUGGGACCCCUUUCCUCAAUUGUAAUUUCCUACAUGCGAAUCCUCUGUGCAGUCUUGCGUAUCCAGUCAAGGGAAGGCAGACAGAAAGCUUUUUCUACCUGCUCAUCCCAUCUCUGUGUAGUAGGACUCUUCUAUGGCACUGCCAUCAUUAUGUACAUUGGACCCAAGCAUGGGAACCCCAAGGAGCAAAAGAAAUAUCUUCUUCUGUUCCAUAGCCUAUUUAACCCAAUGCUGAAUCCCCUUAUUUAUAGUCUAAGGAACCAUGAAGUAAAGGGUGCCCUAAAGCGAGUGCUAGGGAAAGGAAGACCAUUCUAA